AUGUCGGAAGCAUCUUCAGAGCUUGCAGCUGCAAUAGCGGACGGUGUAGCACUUCUUGAGACGUCGCCCUCGCAUCAUUCUUCCGCCAACAACAUCGAAGCAGUACUCAAAAAACGCCUUGCUGCGUAUUACACACGCCGAGGCAAUCAUGAUGCUUUCAAUAAAGUUGAAGACCUCAUGAAACUUGGCGACAUCGAGCUUUUGACUGCAAAAGAGGCCCUUUCCGUGCUUCAGAGGGUUCAGAAGCCACUCGAUGCAGAAGGCAGUGAUGACGCAGAUUUGAACCAGCCUCCGCCCAUCGGAACUCGUGAUCUCGCAAAACUACGAACGCUGCUAUCGCUGGUGUUCAAGUGGGGUAUACAGCCGUUGUACGGUCGUGUCAUUUUGUCGUGGCCAACAGCAGGGGGAUCAAAAAUAGUGGACCUGGGUUCUCAUUCGGAAGAUUACCAAGCGCUCUCCAAUCUCACUACUUCUCUAUUCACCCUCAUCUUCCCUCAAGGAGUUGAAGGACGGAUCUCUCAGACAUUAAUCACAUCCACAAUCCUGGCACGACAUGUUGCGGACUUGCUCACUCCCGCUAUCGUUCUUGGAUGGCUUCCAGAAGUACACGCGUCAGGGUCAACCCCCGUUAUCCACGAGCUGAGACCAAUGGUUAUGAGAAUGAUGAGGCUACUCUCUCCUGCACAGACGAUAGCAUCCUUAGGCGUUAUACUAUCCUCGACUUCCCCUUCGCCCCCACUGCAUGCUCGCAAAGCUUGCACUUCCCUUCUCACCAAACAACUUCUCCGGCCUGAUGGCGUUCAAGGGCUCUGUGCGACCAUAUUCUCCGUACAAGAAACUACUGGAGAUGAAGCGAGGCCAGAAAAGCUCAUUCACGUUGCUCGAACGCUAAAUUCUGUACCCGCCAGCAUGAAACCCGAGGAAUACUAUUGGGCUAUAUUUCCUCGUGUCAUUGGAUUGCUUACAAGCGGUGCCCCUACUCCCUACAUUCGAGCAGCUGCCUUUACAGUCUAUAGGGCUGUUGUCCCAGAGAAGGCAGGGCCACAUUAUACCAUUGCAUCAUCGACAGUUCUUGCUCUCCUCCAUGGUCCCUUCCUUCAAUCUGUCGGGAUACCCCUAAAAGAAGCGGACAUGCCUUCUUUAAAUCCAAAAAGAGCUCUAGCUUCGAUGAUGGUGCUACUCACGAACACAGAGCCGUCUCCUGUAUUUGUAUCUAGAAUGCUGUCGCCUGUCGUUCCUGCUCUUUAUCUCCUAUUUUUCGAUCUGCAGCAGUGCAAGACUGCAGAUCCACAAUUGAAAGAAUCUGUCAUGGGAUUGUUGAAGUCCUGGGGUAAAAUUACCGACCCAAUUGAGGGCUCUCCAAUUCUUUGGUCAAUCAUUGAGGGAGGAAAGGAGAAUGAAUGGAAAUUCGAUCUCGAGGGCAAUUUUUGGAAGUCCUCUAUGACAGAGAAACCGGCUUCUGCUCUUUCCAUGCCUGGAGAUCCUGGAACAGCAGAGGUUGUUCAACUCGCAGAUAUCGACCAAAAUUUAUUUGACCUUUACCCUGACCCGCUUCAUUUCGUUGAAUUUCUGAAAAUGAUUGAACGCGGCGAUCUGGCCAGCCUGAUCUUCGUCCGACUUCUCGAAAGCUACCGUGACAUGAAAGGACGUGUCAAUGAAGAUCCUUCGAGGGUGUUGCAUAAGCUUCAAAUCAUUAUCCAGAUGCAGAAACAUUUGUCUGAAGGAACUACGUCAAACAUCCUUCGCAAGCCAGGCCACUUACUCACCUUCAUUUCACAUGUGCUUCAAUCUUCCUGCGUAUUGUUGACAGACACUGGGAAUACUUCUUUUCUUGAUGACGAUCUUCUGGAGGGCGAUAGCGAUGAUGAAGCACCCGACUCAGAAGUCAUAGGUCCCGAUGACGAGCUAAUAGAAACCACAAUCACUCUGUUGCUAUCUAUUCUCGAAGCGGAUGAUACGCUGUCUGCCCGCACCCACCCGAUCUUGAACGACAUCUUUUCAACCCUGGAACCCUUGGCCCUCAAAGGCUCAUCGGCCAUAAGACCCUUAGCAAGAGUGGCAAGGCUCGUUAUAACCGCGAGGCUCGCCAAUACAUCCACCUCCCCAGCCACUGGCGACCUUUCGGAAGAGGACGAUCGGGAAAUGUAUCAAAGAGCGCUCAAGUUGCUGCAGGAUCCCAUCCUUCCUGUUCGCGCACAUGGCCUCUUGUUACUACGGGAGAUCUUGAGUUCGCCAAGGGGCAAGGGCAAUCAAAUCAGCAAGGCCUUAGCUCCUUCUAUUCUGUCUAUUUUCUUGGAGUGUGUCCAAGAUGAAGACUCCUACAUAUUUUUAAAUGCAGUGCGGGGUCUCGCUGUGCUUGUUGACAAGCAUGGAAAAGACAUCUUGCGACGACUAGUCCAUGAUUAUACGAAAGGGCUUGGUGGACUAGGGUCCAACAAUCUCACCCAGCAAGGCAUUGACACUCGGACGCGAAUUGGAGAGGCGUUGAGCUCAGUCAUCAGGCACUGCGGAAGUGCUUUGGGGAUAUACGUGGAUAUGCUUGUUCCUCCUUUAUUUACGGUUGUUCGAACAUCCACCGCACCGACAGCUCUAAGGACAUCCGCACUGUCACUCCUUGGAGAUUGUGUGGACACAUAUGCCCUGGCGAUGCUCCCUUAUGUAGAGGACCUUUGUCAAGCACUGAUCGAUCUGCUUCAGGUCGAGGGCGUCUCUAGCCGAUUUGCCCGCACGGUGGACGAGAAGGGAUCAGACGAGACUCAACUGCCUUCAAGCAUGGAUUUAGACCCAACCUCCAAGAACCCGAAAUUCCCGCCGUUGCGGCGCGCAGCUCUUCACUUCUUGUCUCUCCUCAUUCGGUCAACGACGAAAAACGCCCAUGACGAAGGCGAUGCGGUUACAAGCCUCGUGUUUUCCCCUUCCACUCUUAAGAGGGUGAAUAGCACCCUUGGUUACAUCUCGUCUACAGAUGAGGACAAUAUUGUAAGGGUGAUGGCACGAGAAACAAAGGAAAAUCUCGAACAACUCCAGCGAGCAGUGCUUGGAAUCUGA